AUCCGCUAAUACCAACACAGACAUUUACUCAGAAGCACCAGCUGCCGUCAACCAGCAGAUCAAAGCUGUGUGUUGUGAAGAAGCUCCGAGUUUGGGACAGAUUGUUGUUUACUGAAAAGUCUGAGGAAAGAGGAAGGAAGGAAAGAAGGAAGGAAGUCAUCUGAUCGGCAUGGCCUCGCCCGACGAUACUGAAGGGUCUCUGACUCCUGUGGAUUUCAUCCAGCUGCAGCAUUACAUGGAAUACAGCAGUUUGAGGGUGAAAGAUGUGAUUAAGGAGUUUCACCCCAGAGGUCGGCUGGCCCAGCACAGCUUUGGAGAGUCCGUCGAUGCAGCUGGUUUCUGUCUCUUUCUCAAGACCUACCUAGAAGUGGACGACUUCCCUGCAGAUUUCGGCCAACGCCUUUAUCGCUAUUUUCAACAUGUGGAGCAGGAUGGGUCCACAAAGAGCCCUCUGCCCAAAGGAGGUGGCGUCUUUCUACGUGAUGUGUCCUGUUACUUCUCAGUGCUGGAGGAAGGACAGCCACGGGAGAAACUUGAAUUUACUUUCAAACUUUACGAUAAAGACUGCAACCAACUCCUGGACAGCUCUGAGGUGGAUCGUAUAAUCACCCAGAUGAUGCGAGCGGCUGAUUACCUGGGCUGGGACGUGACUGAACUCAGACCAGUGCUCCAAGACAUGAUGACAGCGAUCGAUGUGGAUGACAGUGGGACUGUCACUCUGGAUGAAUGGGUGAAGGGAGGCAUGAACAACAUACCUUUAUUGGUUCUGCUUGGACUGAAGAUGACAGAGAGGGAUGGACAGCACAUUUGGAGGAUGAAGCACUUUAACAAGCCGACGUACUGCAGCGUGUGUCAGAGCAUGCUGCUCGGCCUCGGCAAGCAGGGACUCUGCUGCACCUGUUGCAAGUACACCGUCCACAAUCAGUGUGCCAACAAGAAUCCCGAACCCUGCGCUCGAACCUUUGUCAAUACUAAAAAGGAGAUUGGUGUACCAGCUCACGACUGGAUCAGAGCUGACUGUAAGUCCACCAAGUGUCAGGUCUGCCACAAGAAGAUCAAGACUUCAGCGGGGAGGCAUUGUGUGUGGUGCCAGGAGAUGCGUCACGAUGAGUGUAUUUUGGGUGGCUUAUCGACCUGUGAGUGUGGGCCACUAAGAGAUCAUAUACUGCCUCCGUGGGCCAUACACGCCGUCUCUAAGGAGGAGGACACCAGCUUGUUAAACGUCACCCCUGAUGGCCACAUCCUGCAGAUUGUUUCGCUUCCAGACAUCCACCCUCUGCUGGUGUUUGUGAACCCAAAAAGUGGAGGGAAGCAGGGUGAACGAGUGCUCAGGAAGUUUCAGGGCCUGCUGAACCCACGUCAAGUGUACAACCUUUGCAACGGCGGUCCUGCACCAGGACUACACCUCUUCCGUAACCUGCAUAACUACAGGAUCUUGGUGUGUGGAGGAGAUGGCACCGUCGGGUGGCUCCUGGACGCUAUAGACAAAGCAGAUCUGCAGGUGCAUCCUCCAAUAGCUGUGCUGCCUCUGGGCACCGGGAAUGACCUGGCUCGCUGCCUACGCUGGGGAGGAGGCUACGAUGGGUCAGACUUGAGAGAGAUCCUGAAGGAGAUCGAAGGUGGCGAGUUGGUUCCCAUGGACCGCUGGAGCAUCCAGGUGAUACCAGACGACCCCCAAGAGGCAGGAGACCCGGUGCCCUACGAGAUCAUUAACAACUACUUCUCUGUUGGAGUGGAUGCCUCUAUCGCUCAUCGUUUCCACUCCAUGAGAGAGAAACAUCCCCAGAGAUUCAACAGCAGGAUGAAGAACAAACUUUGGUAUUUUGAGUUUGCCACUUCUGAGACCAUCUCUGCGUCUUGCAAGAGGCUGAAGGACUGUCUCAUGAUCGAGUGCUGGGGGAAGUCUGUGGAUCUGGGCAACGCGUCUCUGGAGGGCAUAGCUGUCCUCAACAUACCCAGCAUGCACGGAGGCUCCAACCUCUGGGGCGAGUCCAAGAAGUCGGAUGACGUGCCAGAAGUGGAGCCCAGUGAGGUUAUCACUGACCCUGAACUUCUUAAAACAAUCUCUCAAGAUAUGAGUGAUAAGCGCUUGGAGGUGGUGGGGCUGGAAGGAGCCAUAGAGAUGGGACAGAUCUACACGGGACUGAAGAGCGCCGGGCACAGACUGGCACAGUCUUCCCAGAUUACCAUCAGGACAAUCAAAGCCCUGCCCAUGCAAAUCGAUGGGGAGCCCUGGAUGCAGCCUCCGUGUACUAUCCACAUUUCUCACAAGAACCAAGCUAACAUGAUGAUGGCUGCACCAACAAAACCAACCGGCUUCUUUCACCUCAAAUAGAUUAACGUUUCUUCUACAUCCUCCGGUCUGCUGAGUGUCACAACACAACACCUGUAUCAUCGUGAAUGAUGCAGGAUGAGUAUUUAAUCCAUCGCUGAGUGUGUAACUGUGUGUUUCUAUUAAUAAGUAUUCAUGUGUAUGUCUUUUGCACUUAAUCCCUGAUAUAAUUCUGCAGACAGACCAAGUCAAAAGUGAAAAUUUCACUACUCAGUCUGAUCGUUGCUAUUGUGUGCCAACUUAAAUGUAAUGCAUCCAUUUUUUGUUUUGUUUUUGUAAAUAGAAGAGCCGAGAUGUUGUGUGUCAAUAUAAUACAAUAUACGGAUAAGGAAUAUAUUUGCUUAUUUUAUGUUGUGAUAGCUUUUUUUGUGGAUAAUGAAAUGUAUUUAUUUAAAAACAAUUUCGGCCUUCAACAACAAGAUCCUACCUGUCUGUUCUCGUGUCUUUCACUGUCAGUGUUCAUCCAACUGAAAGAAUAUUAAUGUAAUUAUUUCAGUGUUGUUGACUGUUUCUUAGAUAGGUGAAGAAAUGAUGUGAGAAACACUUGAUUGAAUGUGACCAAAUAUGGUUUUCUAAAGAUUUGCUCUACAGUUAUAGUCCUGAAAGUGCUGGACAGAGGGUGUGUGAUUGAGCUUUUACCAAGUUUAGUAUAAAAACUAAAAACAGCAUUCCUUUGUAUUUAAUACAUUAAGUUGCACACUGGAGUUAUGUUAGUUUCCUAGAUGUUGUUGUCCUGUAACUUUGCUGACAAUUUAUGUUUUUGCAUCAUCUUUGUAACAAGAUUCUCGCAUUGAUUAGGCUUCUUAAAAACACAAAAUAUGCAGAAUUCUAAUGAAAUAAGAUAUAUCCCACCUAAUAAUACAUUUCGUGACUGGAUAAAUGUUGGAGAAAAUAAUGCUGAUAAGAUUAUGUUUCAGUGAUUGUGCAUUAUGUGUCUCUCAGGAGUCAGUAGUCUUGUUUUGAGUCUGUCAGUGUACAUUCAUGCAGUAUAGUAAUUCAUGUUUACAUGCAACCCGUUUGCAUGUUCAUUUAUUAUGUUGUCUUAAUGUCAAAUUGUGUGGUUGUCCUCUGCAUGUGUGUCUUGGCAUCCGUUUCAGUGAGGCUCAUACAGCAUCAUAUUGACAACUUUUAUUGAAUUUUCCUCAGAAAUAAUUACAUUCUGUCGUUCCACUACAAAUCCCUUUAUAAUAUACAGUGUCCUGUUUAUAUUAGUGCAGAUCUUACUGUGUGUUGCAGCUGAAUAUGAAGCUCUUAAAGGUUUCGUCACACUGGAAUGAGACAGACUUGUACCAUAAUGCACAACAGUAUUUAUUAUAAGGAUACAAAACCCCCAUUUUCAUCUAAAUCUUAAACUCUUUUAAAGGACAAAUGGCAGCAUACCAGAAUGUUUACAUGGUCUUAUAAAUUACAGUUCUUGAUAACAUGCUGCUUUCACUGCUUUCAAAGUAGAAAAGAACACAAAUUUGCCUGUAAAAACAUCUAUAGCACAGUAUGAAGUGUACUCCCAUGCUUAUCUGUCAUAAAGAAUAUGUAUGAGCACUUAACAAUGCUUAUAUUUCAAA